AACGUUCGUCUGCAGCACUUAUCUUCAUGGGAUAAAUCUCGCUACUGGCCGCCGCAGUCUGUUUUCUAUACGGGCGUAAAGCGGUCGUCGAGCACGGUUAACAGAACAAAAAAAACAAACAACAAAAAAACAAACACCCAACCAAAAAACAACAAUAAAGAUAACGAAGAAUAACUCAAAAUCAACGAAUAAAAAUUAAAAAUAAAACAAAUUUUUGGCAAUGAUAAAGUAAUAAAAAUAACAAUUAAAGAGAAAUAAAGACGAGCAAAACAAGCGGCAAAUGCGGAAAAGAGGCGAAAGGAGUUAGAUACACUUAGGUAGUCUUACAAAAGAACCAAUGAAAAAUAAAAAAUACAAAGUUAUAAACUAUAAGAAACUUGAAUAAAUUUCAAAAUGUAUAUAUAUAUGAAAAUUCGGCAAGAUAUAAAUUAUUAAAAACAUAACCAGAACAAAACGCCGACGACUUUGUUAACGCGCGCCCAAAAAGUGUGCUACAAAAAGAAGCCAAUCAGAUAUAAUAUGAAUAUUUUUUAUUCGCAUCGCUUGAAAUUUUUUUAAAUAUUUUUUUUAUUGUUCUUUGCCGUGUGCCAAGUGAAAAUCAUGAUACAAAAUUUAUAUACAUGAAUAAGAAAAAUUCGAGGAUAAAGACCAACCUCUAGACAAAACAAAAAAUAAAAAACAAAAAACCGAGAAAAAAACCGACACAAAAGAGAAGCCAAAUGAGGAAAAAUGAAGUGCCAAAGUGUUGAAAAUAAAGCGAAAGCCAAGAGACGAAAUUGAAAUCGAGUAAAAAAGGGUUCCGUUCAGUUUUAAUCGGUAUCGCGCGUUCACUUCCGUUCCGUUUCGUUACGUUUUUUUUUGGGCCACGUUCUACGUUCGCCUUAACCCAGUCGUUUCCGUUUCGUUCCGUUCCGUUUCGUUCCGUUUCCGCUCGGCAAACAUUUAAAUGGCUACCAGCUGCUGCUUAUGAUGGAGACAUUCCUCGUCCUGGGCCUGUGUUUCAUCCUGUACGAGGCAUUGGAUUUCUUUCAGGGCUGCAUCCACAGUAAUACCCCAUCGCCCAGCGAUCAAAUCGAAGCUUAUCGCCGCGAACUCGACGAACAGCGCCAGCAGCAGCAGCAGGAACAAUUCCUGGCGGGAUUGACGCCAUUGCUAGGCGCUCAAUUUGCCGCUGCCGCCGCAGCCGCGGCCGCUGCCGCCGGUUCGCAGUCGACGUUGGGCAGCACGACCACGCCCACCGCCUCCACGGCCAGCGUUAUAAGUGAUUCAUACGAUCAAGAAUCGCAAUCGCAGUCUCAAUCGCAAUCGCAGUCCCAGUCGCAAUCCAACCAAAACCAACAGCAUUCGCUGAGUACUCCUGGCCUGUUUCGUCCCGCCGCCUUGGGCUACUACGAUCCGGAGGAUCCGUUGCAUGCCACGAACUCCCUGCCGCGCGACUAUUACUAUCUACAGCAGCAGCAGCUGAAGAACAAGGUCAGCUCAAGAUCGCUACUCUCCAAGUUCUCAUCGACCAACUCGGAUAAUCGCAUACAUCCAGAGGCUGGAGCCGGUUCAGGGCAUCAUCAUAGUGUCCUUGGAGCAGCGGCUGUUAUAACAAGUCAACCCCUACCAGCUGGCGGUGAGAUACCAUCCAGUCUCUUCGAUCAGCCGGGACAACCGGCUGUUGUGGUUCCACCACUGCAACUGCAACCCUCAUCACCACUAUUUGUGGAGCUUAAGAGGGCCAUUAUAAGUCAGAAUCAGAGAUCCCAGCCAAUAAAGUAUCAGCCAAGAAAAUUAAUCGAAGAGCCACAGUGCCCUCAGUGCGAGGAAGAGCAGAUACAGUAUCUGGCAGAGACUUUGGACGAUCUAGCAGAAUCCGAAGAGCAGCAGUAUUCUCCAGCUGAAGAAGAGGACGACGAGGAGGAGGAGGAACAAAACGAAGAGCAGGAGGAUCGGGAGGAGCAGCACUCUUACGUGGGAGGAGCAACCAGUGAGCCGGAUAUUUGUGCCGCCACUCGACAACAGUUAACCAGGAUUCAUCACAUCGCCAUUGACGACAUCGCCACCGGACAAGAGCAUCAUCAUCACCACCAUCUCAGCAUUUCGGGACAGGCGACAUCGUUGGGCGCCAAUUCUCACGCAGACUUCAGGGAAAUCGAGUGCGAGCGACUGCGACGCAAGUGCGUUAGCGUUAAGCGCAUCUAUAGCAUAUCGGAAAAGUUCUAAUUCAGAUUCAGAUCAGAUCACUACUCAAAACUCAAUUCGAUAUCUCAGCUCUCAUACCUGUACAGCCCUUCACCAUAUUGCACUUCAAUCGAUCAAUAUAUGUAUAUGUAUACUGAAACCAAAAUACAAAAUCAAUCAAAAUCGAGAAUCGAA